GAAGUUGUGAAGCAGGAGAAAGAAAUUGCAGAACUACAGAGAUUAUAAAGUGCAGAGAUGGAUAAAGGAGACUUGAAUGACAUAAAAUGCGAAGCACUGCCUGUGGAUGGGAGGGAGUUGGAGAGGAACUGUUUGGACAUGUCUGAGAAAGACGCUAUGAUCAAGGAGCCACUCCUUAGGAAGAGGAUGAACACCACUUCCCAGAUUGCCAUUGUUGGUGCUAAUGUCUGCCCGAUUGAGAGCCUUGAUUACGAGGUCAUUGAGAAUGAUCUAUUCAAGCAGGAUUGGAGGUCAAGGAAAAAGGUUCAGAUAUUUCAAUACAUUGUUCUCAAGUGGACUCUUGCGCUUCUUAUAGGGUUAAGUACAGGACUUAUUGGCUGCUUUAACAACCUUGCGGUCGAGAAUAUAACCGGUUUCAAAUUGCUUCUCACUAGCAAUCUCCUGCUUCAAGAGAAGUACAUUAAGUCAUUUUUAGCAUAUGCUGGUUGCAAUGUUGUUUUGGCGGCUUCUGCUGCAGCCCUUUGUGCAUACAUAGCCCCUGCAGCAGCAGGGUCUGGCAUACCAGAAGUGAAAGCUUAUCUUAAUGGUGUGGAUGCUUAUUCUAUUUUGGCUCCAAGUACUCUCUUUGUAAAGAUUUUUGGUUCCAUUUUUGGAGUCUCUGCUGGAUUUGUUGUUGGUAAGGAGGGACCUAUGGUACACACAGGAGCUUGCAUAGCCUCCUUACUUGGGCAGGGAGGGUCUCGCAAGUAUCACUUGACCUGGAGAGGACUCCGAUACUUUAAAAACGACCGGGACCGGAGGGACUUGAUCACUUGUGGUGCUGCUGCUGGAGUUGCUGCUGCUUUCCGUGCCCCAGUUGGUGGAGUCCUAUUUGCUCUUGAAGAAGUAGCUUCAUGGUGGAGGAGUGCCCUUCUUUGGAGAACAUUUUUCACUACAGCUGUAGUGGCUGUGGUCUUGAGAGGUUUUAUACAAUAUUGCCAGAAUGGAAAUUGUGGCCUCUUUGGGCAAGGAGGACUGAUCAUGUUUGAUGUUAGUUCAGCCAUGACCACAUAUAGCACCCCAGACCUAUUGGCAGUAAUAGUCCUUGGAAUUAUUGGGGGGGUUUUCGGAAGCCUCUACAACUAUCUUGUGGACAAGGUCUUGCGUAUUUACAGCAUCAUCAACGAGAGAGGUGCGCCAUUUAAAGUGGUCCUUGUCAUCACCAUCUCCCUCUUGACCUCAUGCUGUUCAUACGGCCUUCCAUGGUUGGCAAGGUGCACACCCUGCCCUGUUGGCUUGGAAGAGCCGUGCCCCACCAUAGGUCGUUCUGGAAACUUCAAGAACUUCCAGUGCCCUGUAGGCCACUACAAUGACCUUGCAUCCCUCUUCCUCAACACCAAUGAUGAUGCAAUCCGCAACCUAUAUAGCUCUGGCACUGAGAAUGAAUUUCACAUAUCCAGCCUAUUCAUUUUCUUUGCUGCUGUUUACUGCCUUGGCAUUAUCACUUACGGCAUUGCAGUCCCAUCUGGACUCUUCAUCCCAGUCAUACUUGCUGGAGCCUCCUAUGGACGCCUGGUUGGUCACCUACUUGGGUCCAUCUCUGACCUUGACGUUGGUCUUUUUGCUCUUCUUGGAGCUGCGUCCUUCCUUGGUGGAACAAUGAGGAUGACAGUGUCCCUUUGUGUCAUACUGCUUGAGCUCACCAAUGAUCUCCUAAUGCUUCCCCUGAUUAUGCUAGUUCUACUAAUCUCGAAAACUGUAGCAGAUUGCUUCAACAAGGGCGUCUAUGAUCAAAUAGUGAAAAUGAAGGGCUUUCCUUUCAUGGAAGCCCAUGCAGAACCUUACAUGAGGCAUUUAGUUGCUCGGGAUGUUGUGUCUGGCCCACUUAUCACUUUUGCUGGUGUGGAGAAGGUGGGAAACAUUUUCCACAUUUUGAAAUGGAAAGGACACAAUGGAUUCCCAGUGAUUGAUGAGCCCCCCUUCUCAAAUGCACCGGAAUUGGUUGGCAUUGUGCUGAGGUCCCAUUUGCUUGUAUUACUCAAGGGGAAAAAGUUCUCACGAGAGAGGGUGUUGACUGGAGAUGAGAUAUCACGGAGGUUUGAUGCAUAUGAUUUUGCCAAGGCAGGAUCAGGGAGGGGGUUAAAGCUUGAGGACCUGGACAUUACGGAGGAAGAGAUGGAGAUGUAUGUUGAUCUACAUCCUAUUACUAAUGCAUCUCCAUACACAGUUGUGGAGACAAUGUCUCUAGCCAAAGCUGCACUUCUCUUUAGGGAGCUUGGCCUUAGGCAUUUGUGUGUAGUACCAAAGACCCCAGGGAGACCACCAAUUGCUGGAAUCCUAACGCGGCAUGAUUUUAUGCCAGAACAUGUAUUAAGGCUCUACCCUCACUUUAGACCCACUAGAAGGGAAAGUAAGUAACUUGGAGGUUUUAUUGUGUGGUAUUAUUAUUAUUAUAGUGACCCCACAAUAAUUAUUGUCAUUGUUAUUAUCAGUGAUACAUAUUAUUUUGUUUUUAGAAAGUCCUGAGCUUUUUAGAGUGGAGAACAAUUUUAAUCAAGUUCGGUCAAUGAGAUUUAACAUGUUUAGAGAGCAAUUUGUAUGAACUUCAUUUUGUUACAUAUGUAAAGACUUCCCCC